AUGCAAAAUUAUUCUUCAGAGUUCAUGUUUGUGCUUCACGGACUGAAUGACACAAGAGCACACAAACAAAUUUACUUUGCAGUUGGUCUUGUUGUCUAUGUUGUGACCCUGUUUGUAAAUUUCACACUAAUUAUUACAGUCAUUCUGGACAAAACACUUCAUGAACCUAUGUAUUUGUUCAUAUGCAAUUUAUAUGUAAAUGGAAUUGGUGGUGCUUCUGCUUUCUAUCCAAAGUUCUUGGCUGAUCUUUUUUCAGACUCUCAUGUUAUCUCAUAUACAGGAUGCCUGUCACAAAUAUGCAGCAUAUAUUGGUAUAUUUUCUGUGAAUUUACAAGUCUAACAGUCAUGGCAUAUGACAGGUAUUUAGCCAUUUGUAAACCUUUGGAAUAUCACUGCAUUAUGACACACCAGAUGGUGAUCAAACUGUUGCUUUGUAUCUGGCUUUUCUCUUUUCUAGAAACAUCUGUUGGAGUUUCACUGACAGCACAACUGUCCUUAUGUGGUAAUGGGAUUGACAAACUUUAUUGCUUUAACUGGGAUGUUGUAAAGCUAUCCUGCACAGAUGCCACAGUGAUCAACCUAUAUGGAUACAUAGUAAUGUUUUCUCAUAGCUCCCAAGCUGUGUUCAUCAUUAUUUCAUACAUUCGCAUCAUCAAAGCAUCUUUGAAGUCCAAGACAGAAAGAGUCAAAUUCAUGCAGACAUGCCUGCCCCAUUUAAUAACUCUCACUAACUUCACUAUUUCCCUGCUGCUUGACAUUUUGUGUGCUCGCUAUGGCAAAGGAGAUGGUUUGCGAGCUCUGCGCAAUAUUUUAGGUAUAGAGUUUCUUGUGGUGCCUCCUCUUCUUAAUCCCAUCAUAUAUGGGAUCAGAAUAACACAGAUUCGCAGCCGGUUUGUGAAAAUGUAUAGUUAUAAAAUUAACACUUUUAGGUAA